UACCGUUUUAGUGUAAAGCAGAAGGCCUACCUCACUGCUAAAUUCAACAUUGGUCAGUCCACUGGACGGAAAGUUGACGCAAGUCUUGUAGCACGUGAUAUGAGACAUGCCCACGGUUCGAAUGGCGAGCGGCUUUUUAAAUCAACCGAAUUUCUGACCUCUCAGCAGAUAUCUUCAUAUUUCUCUCGCCUUUCCGCGACAACUCGCCAACAGAGCCUCACCCAUGAAGCCGACCUUACCGCCAUUGAAGAUGAUGAACUUUUCCACGGCCAGAGACCAGGUGAUGGCUUCUGUCACACUCCAACAUCCCAUUGUUUUUGA